AUGAAGUUUUCAACUAUCUUUUCCACAUUGGCUGUGAUUGCUACUGCAGCAAUUCGUCCAGCUGUAGCUUAUGAAAUGACUGAAGAACAUCCUGUUGAUAUUGUCGUUGAUUUCCAAAUUAGAGAAUCACCUGAAAUCGGUGCUUCUGACGUUGCCAAUUGGUUCAAUGGUGAUACCGUAACCAUUGCUUAUGAAGUUCAAAAUAACGAAAAAUCCGAAGUCAAUAUUAUUGGUGUCACAGGUCAAUUCAAGAACCCAAUCACUGGUGAGAUUAUCACUAAUUUGACUACUGGUAAAGUCGGCCCACUUGCUAUUGCCUCGGGUGAAAGUUCUGGAUUCGAGCAAACUAUCGGAGUGAAUUUAAUUCCUGGAAACUAUGAAUUGGUUCCUUUUGUUUUCUUUGCUCACGAAGACGUUGUCAAAGUUCUCCCUGUUCGUGGUCAAUUGGUUACAGUUGCUGAUGCUCCUGUUUCACUUUUUGAUCCAAGAUUGAUUCUUGUUGAAUUGAUCUUAAUUGCUUCAGCUGCUGGAGCAUUGUAUCUUGGUUAUGAAAUCUGGGGAAAGAAGUAUAUUCGCGGUACUGCUCCUGUUCAAGCAAGAAAAGCUGCGUCUCCAUCAAGUGGUGUAUCCUCUGGUCGUGGUACCCCAAGUGGUUCUAGUUAUGAUGUCAAUUGGAUUCCGGAAGGUCAUUUAAAACAAACUAAGACAAAAAAGGUGGCUUGA